AUGUCCACGAAGCGCCUGAACCGGCCUACCGGCGGUGGGUCUGCAUGGGCCAAGAACUCGCAGGGCGCGCGCUCCAACGUGGCCGGCCGCUCCAUGAACGACGACAAGGCCGCGAGCGUCGCGCGGCAGGACGCCUUCGACCUCGCCCAUGGCUUUGCGCCACUCCAGGACGACGACGGGCCGCAGAUCGGCUGGCUUUUGAACGCAUGCAACACGUCGCGUACCGUCGAGAACGUCGAGCGCAGCGGCGUCGACCUCUACUUCCUCGCGCAGGACGGCAGCGCCUUCAAGGCCACGGUCAUCCACGCGCCGUACUUUUUCGUCGGCGCCUCGCCCAAGCGCCUCGGCGAAGCACUCGCGUUCUGCCAACGGACGCUCGUCUCGACGCUGCUCUCGACGAGCAUCGUGCAGAUGGAGGACCUCGACAUGCCCAACCAUCUCUCGGGCACGAAGGCGCAGUACAUCAAGCUCGUCUUCCGGACGGUGUCGGACUUGGUCGAGGCCAAGCAGACGCUGCAGCCGAUCGUGUCGCGCAACAAGCAGCAGCUCAAGUCCCAGGAAGCGUACGCGGCGUCCGGCGAGUCGCUCAACGACAACGAGUCGAUCACGGAUUUGCGCGAGUACGAUGUGCCCUACCUCAUGCGCGUGGCCAUCGACCUCGGCAUCCGCGUCGGCGCGUGGUACACGGUCCACGUCGACCAGGACGCGACCAAAGUGUCUCGGAUCAUGGACAUGGUCGACAAGGCCGAGCCGGUGGUCCUCGCCUUCGAUAUCGAGUGUACGAAAGCGCCGCUCAAGUUUCCGGACGCGGCCCACGACCAGAUUUACAUGAUUUCGUACAUGGUCGAUCGCCAGGGCUACCUCAUCGUGAACCGCGAGUUCGUGUCGCAGGACGUCGACGACUUUGAGUACACGCCGACGAAGGAGUACGACGGGCCGUUCGAGUGCUUCAACGCGCCGAACGAAGAAGCGUUGCUGAAGCGCUUCUUCUCGCACGUGACGGAGCUCAACCCGCACAUCUUUGUCACGUACAACGGCGAUUUCUUCGAUUGGCCGUUCGUCGAGACGCGCGCGGCGGCGCAUGGGCUCAACAUGGCCGCCGAGAUUGGCAUUUCCUGCGACCGGAACGGCGAGUACCGCGGCAAGUGUGCCGUGCACAUGGACGCCUACUGCUGGGUCAAGCGCGACUCGUAUCUGCCCCAGGGCUCGCAAGGUCUCAAGGCCGUCACCAAGUACAAGCUCGGGUACGACCCCGUCGAAGUCGACCCGGAAGAAAUGACGUCGCUCGCAAUGGACGACCCGCUCAAGAUGGCCAGUUACUCGGUCUCGGACGCAGUCGCCACCUUUUAUCUGUACGACAAGUAUGUGCACUUGUUUGUCUUCUCGCUCUGCACGAUCAUUCCGCUCGGAAGCGAAGACGUGUUGCGCAAGGGCAGUGGCACGCUCUGUGAAGCGCUGCUCAUGGUCGAGGCGUACGAAGGCAACAUCAUUUGCCCCAACAAGCAGACGUCGACGGCGCUCGGCACAUCGUACCAGGGCCACGUCGUCGAGAGCGAGACGUACAUUGGCGGGCACGUCGAGUGCUUGGAGAGUGGCGUCUUCCGCGCCGACCUCGAGUACCAGUUCCACGUGACGCCAUCGGCGUUUGACAUGCUCAUCACGCACAUUGACCGGGACUUGACGUUUGCGCUCGAAGUGGAGCUCGACAUUCCGCGCCAUCACGUGACCAACUACAACGACGUGCGGCGCGCGAUCGUCGAAGGCCUCGAAAUGCUGCGGGACAAGCCGUCGCGCAUGGAGAAGCCGAGCAUCUAUCACUUGGACGUCGCGGCCAUGUACCCCAACAUCAUUCUCACGAACCGCCUUCAGCCGUGCGCGAUGGUGCAGCCGACCGACUGCGCCGCGUGUGUCCACAGCACGGCAUGCAUCCGAGUUUGUAGCAACGACGAGCAGCUCUCGUGCCAGCGGCCCAUGGAAUGGGUCUGGCGCGGCGACUACUACCCCGCGACCAACGCCGAGUUCCAGUCGAUCCAGACGCAGCUCAGCUACGAGUCGUUCAACAAGGUGCCGUUCAAGCAGCUGCCGUAUGAGAAGCAAACGUCGUUGAUUCAAGAGCGCCUCAAGCAGUACUGCCAAACCGUGUACAAGAAGACCAAAGUCACGUCGACCGAGACGCGGUCCGCGACAGUGUGCAUGCGCGAGAACCCGUUUUAUGUCAACACGGUCCGCGCCUUCCGUGACCGGCGCUACGACUACAAGAUCUUGACCAAGCAGUGGACCAAGAAGCUCAAGGAGGCCGAGGCCAAGAACGACGUGCUCGGCAAGGUCGAAGCAGCCAACAAGUGCCUCGUCUUCGACUCGCUCCAAUUGGCGCACAAGUGCAUUCUCAACUCGUUUUACGGCUACGUGAUGCGCAAAGGCGCGCGGUGGCACUCGAUGGAGAUGGCUGGCAUCGUGACCAACACGGGCAGUAACAUCAUCCAGCGCGCGCGCCAGCUCGUCGAGCAAAUUGGCCGCCCGCUCGAGCUCGACACGGACGGUAUCUGGGCCAUUCUGCCUGCGUCGUUCCCCGACACGUUCAAGUUCAAGCUCCAAGACGGCUCGACGCGCUCGAUUACGUAUCCCUGUGUGAUGCUCAACGCCGACAUUCAAGAGCAGUACACCAACCACCAGUACGAAGAGCAGAUUGACGGCAUAUACCAAACGCGCUCCGAGUGCUCCAUCUUCUUUGAGCUCGACGGACCGUACAAGUGCAUGGUGCUGCCGGCGUCGACGGAGGAAGGAAAGCUGCUCAAGAAGCGCUACGCUGUCUUCAACUUUAACAACAAGCUCACCGAGCUCAAAGGUUUCGAGCUCAAGCGCCGCGGCGAGCUCGAGCUCAUCAAGGCGUUCCAGAGCCAAGUCUUUAGCUCGUUCUUGGACGGCACGACACUCGCCGAGUGCUACGCGUCCGUGGCCCAGAUCGCCAACCGCUGGCUCGACGUGCUCGACACGAAAGGCCGUGACAUGGAGGACGACGAGCUCAUGGCACUCCUCACCGAGAACAAGAGCAUGUCGGGCAAGCUCGAAGACUACGGCAGUCAAAAGUCGACGGCGAUCACGACCGCGCGGCGGCUCGGCGAGUUUCUUGGCGCCGAGAUGGUCAAGGACAAGGGCCUGGCGUGUAAGCUCAUCAUCGUCACGCGGCCAUACGGCGAGAAGGUGACCGAGCGCGCCGUGCCGACCGCCAUCUUCUCGGCCGAGCCCGCGGUGAAGAAGCACUUUUUGCGCAAGUGGAUGCGCGACCCGAGCUUGCAAGACUUUGACGUGCGCAAUUUGCUCGAUUGGGACUACUACCGCACACGGUUUGCGGGAACGGUCCAAAAGAUCAUUUCGCUGCCCGCGUGCUUUCAGAACAUCCCCAACCCCGUCCCGCGCAUUGCGCUUCCCGACUGGAUGCAGCGCCGGUUCCGUGAACUCAACGACACGAAGCGCCAGACCAAGCUCGGGUUCAAGGUCAUUCCCCGCGACAAGAACGCAGACGUGGCCGACAUAGAAGAUUUUGGCGCGUUGCCCAAGCCCGUGCGCUCGGCGCCCCGUCCUGUGGUGACGCGGAAGACCAAGCCGGUUGUUGCAGCCAAGUGGACGAUGCGAUGGGCCUCGAGACCAUCGAUGAGACGGAUUCUGUGGUCGAAAAGCUGGUGCGGCAAGAGUACACACCGGGCGGUGCAACUGGGCCAGGAUGCGUUUCCCGAGUGGCUGCAGGUGCGCAAGGCUGCCUGGAAGGCCAAGCGGCUUGCGCGCAAGACUCUCCACGACGACCCACGGGCUGCCAAGCGCGCCAAGGGCAGCGGCGUCGAGGGCUUCGUCGUCACGUCGUCGUCAACGAUGGAGGACAACUUGUGGCACAUUGUCGAGCUCCAAGAAACGGAGGAGCCGGGCUUGUUUCACAUUUGGGCGUGCACGUCGUCGGGCGCAAGCAAGCUGCAGUCGUUUACGCUCAAGGUGCCCAAGACCAUUUACCUCCAAGGCGACGUGGGCCACCUCGACGGACGGUUCGUGACGCGCCUCGUGCCGCACCAAUCGGCGCCGCAGCUCGUGCUGCAGCUCGAGCUGAGCGAAACGCAGUGGAAGUCGAAUCGAAAGGACGUGCUCCAGGCCAUGGACGACGCGUCGAUCCAAGCCGUGUACGAGUCCCAGGUGUCGGCAACGUCCCGCGCGCUGUGGACACUAGGAUGCGUCGCCAAGGUGCUCACGAAACCAUCGAACGUGACGACACAUCUCUUUACCCUCGGCGACUUGCAGCCCAAGAGCCUGUCGCCGGCCGCGUACCUGAGCGAGACCGCACCGCUGCAGCGCGUCGUGCUGUACAUUGGCACCAACACGCGGCAGCAGGUCGGGUUGUGGAGCCUCGUCGUGCUCACGCCGUCGCUCGACGUCAAAUCCGCGUCGCAUUGGAUGGUCGACCGUGGACUCGCGGGUAUGUACUGUGUCUCGUUUCUUAUAUACUCAGGCUUAGGGUAUCUAGACGUUCCGCUGCGGCAGAAGGACUGGCAGAGCCUCUGGACGGCGCUCGAGAUGCCGUCGGCCUUGCCACCGAUGAAGGUGACGAUGGUGCAGUCGGUCGCGGAGGUCGUCACGGGUCUCAACGCGGCGCUCUCCAAGUGCCGCGACGUGCCCUCGAUCAUCAUGGCCCACGCGCCGCAGUGGCUCUCGACCAAGAAGCUCCGGCACCAGUUCCGCGGCCUCGACGCCUUUCCGAUGAUCGUGCUCGGCGACCACGAGCCGUUCCCGGCGUUGACGUGGCGCUCGGAGCUGCCGCAGCGCCUCUUGCAGCGCGUUGCGGCCGUCGACGCACAGUGGGCCGACGUCCUCGACUGCGCGCGCUAUGCGCAACUGCCGCUUGGCAACAUGACGGGCGACCCCGCGGUCGUCAUGCUCGACGCGAUGUUUGCGCGCGUGCUCCACCGGCAGCAGCAUCUGCUCUGGGCCUCCUCGACCAACACGCCGGACCUGGGCGGGCGCGAAGCACCAGCCGACGAUUUGCUGCAGGCGUCGACGUCCAGUCUGCCCGUGUGUGUGCCCGGGGCAUACGCCGAGUACAGCGUUGAAUUGACGCUCGAUGGGCUUGCGAUCCAAGCGCUGCUUGUCGCCUCCGACUUGCACCACGACGGCGGCGCCGGCGUGGUGGAGGAGCUCGGGUCGUGCGCCGAGACGUUCCGCUUUCUCCGAACGCUGACGACCAACCUCUUCAAGGACUUCAUGGCAACGCGGUCCGAGAUGGCCGACCACCUCCUCCAGCACUUUUACCGCUGGGUCUCGUCGCCGUCGUCGCAACUGUACGACCCGGCGCUGCACAAGAAGGUCAAGGGCGUCAUGCACACGCUGCUGCUCAACUUGCUCGCCGAGUGCCGCCGCCUCGGCGCCGUCAUUGUGUACGCCGACACGUCCCGGAUUGUGCUCUCGACGGGCAAGGACCGCCUCGACGGUGCCCACGCGUACGUGCGGUUCAUUUCACGCACGCUGAGCGCGCACCCGUGGUACCAAGUGCUGAGCUUGACGCCGGUCCAGUACCUCUCGCACAUGUUGUUUUACGACAUUGAAAACUUUGGCGGCAUGGCCGUUGCCGUCGACGCGACGGAUCCGAAUUUGCUCUCGAAGUGGAACAUGGCGCGCUAUCUGCCGCCGGGCGUCGACGAGUACUUCAUGAUUCUCGUCGGUCAGUUUAUCAAGCGCCGCUUCGAGUUUGCCACCAAGCACGACACCGCUACCUCGGAGGACGUGGCGGCGCAUGCGCAAAAGCUCAUCACAUCCUACUUUACCGAGAAAAUGCUGCGUUUGGUGCCCGAGAUCAUGGCGCACUCGUCGCUUGCGUUCCCGGUGCUCGCGGGGUCGCACUUGCCGUGGACGCAUGCCGCGCUCGAGCUCGUCAAGUGCGUCUGCCACGUGUGGAGCCUCGACCCGAACGUCGCGUCGCAAGUGCACCAGCUCAAGCGCGCGCUGCUCAAGACCAUGGGCAUCAGUGACUAUGCGGACGAAGCGGCAUUUGCCAACCCGAGUCAGUCGUUUGUGUUGCCCGACAUCAUUUGCACCAACUGCAACGUCUGCCGCGACGUCGACCUCUGCCGCGAGCCCGGGCUCAUGGAGGCGACGCGAGACGACGAGAGUGAAGACAACUCUGCGUGGCAAUGCCCUCGGUGCCACCACUUGUACGACAUGGGCGACCUCGAGAUGCGGCUGGUGGAGCUGGUCCAGACCCAGUUUUCGCUGCCGUACCAGCAGACCGACGUCGUGUGCCUCAAGUGCAAGCUGCCGACCGAAGGCCAUUUGCGCCAACUCUGCGUCUGCUCGGGCACGCUGGGAAUCGCGCCGGACGUGCCAUCGCAGCUCCAAAAAACGUUCAAGGUCGUGCGUCAGAUCGCGACGCACCAGCAGUUUCCGUACUUGACCGAGGUCAUGGACCGCCUCAUGCACUAGGAGCUGUUUCUAUCGACCACUUUGUUCGUAAUCACCACAAACGAAAGAAUUGAA